AGCAGUAGCUGACGUGCAGUUUGGCCCCAUGAGAUUUCAUCAAGAUCAACUUCAGGUACUUUUAGUGUUUACCAAAGAAGAUAGCCAGUAUAAUGGAUUCUGUAAGGCGUGUGAAAAGGCGGGGUUUAAGUGUACAGUCACUAAGGAGCCUCAGGCUGUGCUUGCCUGCUUCCUGGACAAACAUCAUGAUAUCAUCAUCAUAGACCACAGAUAUCCCCGACAGCUGGACGCAGAUGCUCUGUGCAGGUCCAUCAGAUCAUCAAAACUCUCAGAAAACACAGUUAUUAUUGGUGUUGUACGCAGGGGGGAUAGAGAAGAAUCAUCUGUAAUGCCCCUCAUUGCUGCUGGCUUUACAAGGAGAUAUGUAGAAAACCCCAGCGUCAUGGCCUGUUACAAUGAGCUGAUACAGCUGGAGUAUGGAGAGGUGCGAUCACAACUGAAACUCAGGGCUUGUAACUCAGUAUUCACUGCAUUAGAGAAAAGUCAAGAAGCAAUUGAAAUUACAAGUGAAGACCACAUUAUACAGUAUGCAAAUCCUGCAUUUGAAACAACUAUGGGCUAUCAGUCAGGUGAAUUAAUAGGAAAGGAGUUAGCUCAAGUGCCUAUAAAUGAAAAAAAGGCCGACUUACUUGAUACUAUAAAUUCAUACAUCAGGAUUGGCAAGGAGUGGCAAGGAAUUUACUGCGCCAAAAAGAAAAAUGGAGAUAAUAUACAACAAAAUGUGAAGAUAAUACCUGUCAUUGGACAGGGAGGAAAAAUUAGACACUAUGUGUCCAUUAUCAGAGUGUGCAAUGGCAACAAUAAGGCUGAGAAAAUAGCUGAAUGUGUUCAGUCUGACAGUCUUACAGAUACGCAGACAGGCAAACUUACUAAAGACAGGAGAAAAGACUUCCUAGAUGUCAGACCACUUGCCCCACGACCAAGUGAAGUUGCCACCCAGAGACGACACUCCUCUGUGACCCGGAUACAUUCCAUGACGAUUGACGCACCCAUCACCAAGGUAAUCAGUAUUAUUAAUACUGCCCAAGAAAGCAGUCCUGUGGCUGUAACUGAAGCCUUAGACCAUGUGCUGGAAAUUCUAAGAACCACUGAAUUAUAUUCACCACAGUUUGAUACUAAGGAUGAUGAUCCUCAUGCCAAUGACCUCAUUGGGGGCUUAAUGUGUGAUGGUUUGCGAAGACUAUCAGGAAAUGACUGUGUUCUUUCACCAGAGAACCUUCACCAGGUUUCAAGCAGGAUAGUCAAUUCCGUCCCCCUUCAUGACAUCCCACCGCGGAUAACUCAAACCAUGGAAAAUGAGGAGUUCUGGGACUUUGAUAUUUUUGAACUAGAGGCUGCCACCCAAAAAAGGCCUUUGGUUUAUCUUGGUCUCAAAAUAUUUGCUCGCUUUGGAAUUUGUGAAUUCUUAAACUGUUCUGAGUCAACGCUUAGAUCAUGGUUACAAAUUAUUGAAACCAAUUAUCAUUCUUCUAACCCUUACCACAAUUCUACACAUGCUGCUGAUGUGCUGCACGCAACAGCCUAUUUUCUGUCCAGAGAGAGGAUAAAGCAAACUUUAGAUCCAGUUGAUGAGGUUGCUGCCCUCCUUGCAGCCACCAUUCAUGACGUGGAUCACCCUGGAAGAACCAACUCUUUUUUGUGUAAUGCGGAAAGUGAGCUGGCCAUUUUGUAUAAUGACACUGCUGUCCUGGAAAGCCACCAUGCAGCCCUGGGCUUCCAGCUGACCAUUCAAGAUGAUAAAUGUAAUAUCUUUAAAAACAUGGAGAGGAAUGACUAUCGGAUGCUACGCCAAGGUAUUAUUGACAUGGUCCUAGCCACAGAGAUGACAAAGCACUUUGAGCAUGUCAACAAGUUUGUCAACAGUGUCAACAAGCCCCUGGCAUUACUAGAAGAAAACAAGGAAACUGAUAAAGAUCAAGAAGCAAUAAACUCUAUGCUCAGGACACCAGAGAACCGGACUCUGAUCAAACGAAUGCUAAUUAAGUGUGCUGAUGUGUCCAAUCCUUGUCGAUCCCUGGAGUUCUGCAUUGAGUGGGCUGCUCGUAUCUCAGAAGAAUAUUUCUCUCAGACUGAUGAAGAGAAGCAGAAAGGCUUACCUGUGGUGAUGCCAGUUUUUGACAGAAACACCUGCAGCAUCCCCAAAUCCCAGAUCUCUUUUAUUGACUACUUCAUCACAGACAUGUUUGACUCUUGGGACGCCUUGCUUGACCUGCCGGAUUUAAUGCAGCACCUUGACAACAACUUUAAGUACUGGAAAGGACUGGAUGAAAUGAAGCUGUGCAGCGUCCGACCACCUCCCCAGUAGCACACCACUGCCUAGGCCCUAAAGCUUUGUCCCUUAGGUCAUUUUGGAAAACCUGAGGACAGCUAGAGUUCUUGGUCCUUUCCAUACUAGGCAGAACUAUCCUCAGGUCUGCAUAUCCUGUGAGAAAACACAUGGGGACAUCAGUACCUUCUACAGUCACAGUCCGAUGCCACUGCCAUAAAGUGCAGCUUUACCACUGUAGCUUGGGCCUCUUGCAGGGCCUUUUCAGAAAGUCACAUGAGAAACCUGUUUUGCAUCAGCACUGUAUCAAAACACAAGGCCAGGAGUACCCCUGCAAAGGAUAUUGAUGAGUUUCUUGCUGGUAACAGAGAAUGUCUUAUUGCAAGCAAUUUCUUUCAAUUAUGUUUAGCACUUAAGAACACCUAAUGGCAAUCGGAUCUUCAGCAACUUCUUUCACAUCAUAGAAGGUACAGUCACUCACUCUGGAACACUACUGAAAGUGACUUCUCUUAAAAUUGAAUAGCAAAUGAAAAAAUACAAAGAAAUGUUGAAGUUGAUUAUUAAUAUCAAUUAUUAAAAUGUUCUAUUUAUUAGAAGUUCAAUAUUUUCUAUGAAUUUAAAAAUGCUUCACAGCCAAAGCCAACUUUAAAUACCAUGACCAAUUUACAUGAUUCAUAUUCAUUAAAUAUGCAAUACUUGGUGUACAGACUUAUUUUCAUAAUGCAAAUUUAAAAUUAUAAAAUGAUGCAUUUUUACUGCAUUAUAGAAAUAUUUGUGUAUGUUAAACUCUUUCAUGAUCAAUGCUAAUUAGAAAAGCUGUUUUGUUGGUGGGACUUACUCUUAAGAGGAAAAGAACUGUUUUUACCACACAGAAACCAGAACUCUGAAACAGAGCUAGAUGACUGAUGAGCUUCACAGAUGACUCCCCAAGGUAAAAUUAAAAUUUUCUUAGUUUGCAAAGAAAAGUUAGGACUUUCAUUCUAAAAUUUUAUAACUGAAUUUGUGAAACUCUGCCUUAUUUUAUACAGUGUUCCUAUUAAAUAUUCCCUGUAAAAACAAAGAGCAAAAAUAGAAUAUUUAAUGAAUUGACAUUUUAUAACCAACUUGUUUUCAUCUGUGGUGGGAAUCUUUGAUUCCAGAAAUUUAUAAAGAUUCCAUAUCUUGAAUAAGUGUAAUAUUAAAAAUGAUACUUGGUUACAUUUCUAAGUGCUUGUCAGUUUCAUUUUAAAUUUGUAUUUGUUAUUUUCCAGAUAAAAAUAAAUUAAACUUUGUUUUUAAG